CUAUAUUGGGAACUCUGGCGCUGGACCAGAGGGUCACUCCAUGACGCAGCGACGCACGCAGGGCGUUGUUCUUCCAUAAUGAGACACUUUAUAACAGAACGUCAGCCCUGGCAUCAAUCUAGUCUCAGAGCGACUUUUGGGACUGACGGACUACCGCUGUAGGACUCUUUAGGGGAAACUUGCUUUUGCUUUCUGCAACCCUGAAACUCUUUUUUUCUUGUGGGAAUACACGCGCUAAGUAAGUAAAUCCUCUGAAAAGAUGCUGCUCCUACUACUGGGAAUCAUCCUCCUGCACGUCGCUGCUCUGGUUCUUCUGUUUGUGUCAACAAUAGUCAGCGUAUGGACGUCAAGUGAAACCGGCACCGCAGACCUCUGGCGUAACUGCACUACAACCAGUGUAGGAUACCACUGUGACCCAGCAUCCACUGGAGAGUGGAUUCAGGCGGUCCAGGCCCUCAUGAUCCUAUCCAUCAUCUUCAGCUGCCUGUCUCUCUUCGUCUUCUUCUGCCAGCUCUUCACUUUGCAGAAGGGAGGACGCUUCUUCCUCACUGGAACCUUCCAGAUCCUUGCCGGUUUGUUCGUGAUGAGUGGAGCCAUCAUCUACACGGUGAUGAGUCCGGAGUGGGUGCUGGAGACAAAUGUCUUCGGCUACUCCUACAUCCUGGCGUGGGUCGCCUGCCCUUUGGCGCUGAUCAGCGGACUCAUCUACGUCAUCUUGAGGAAGCGAGAAUGAGCCUUCAAUCCAUCCCGGUGUUCCCAGUAACCUCCCUGCCCAACUGCAAAUGUCAGACCCCCUCUUAAGUUCAAGUUCUGAUGCCUGAGUACCAAUGGCCAAUGGAGCCACCAGGCCAAUACACCCAGAUCACAGCUGAGGGGGUAAUACCAAAAAAUUGAAAGUGCAAACCAACACAACAACAACCAAUACUGUCUCAGUUAAAAGAUGUAUAUAGUAUCUAUGGUUUAAAACCUAUUUAUAACACUUUUUACAUAUAUGUACAUAGUUUUUGUGUUGCUUGUCAACAGAUACUUGUAUGAGCUUUGUUUCAGCUGAUUAAGUGCCUUGUGUUUGUUUGUAAUGAUGAAAUAAUUAGAUGCUCUUUUGUUGUGUUUUCUUUCUUUUUUGUUUUAAUUGCCAAAGAAUUAGCAGAAAGACAAAAAAGUUUCUUGAAUUAUAUUAACCAAAGUGCAUGUAUGGAAAUAGAAAGGUUAGAAGAUUUCAUUGAUGGGCUUGCUUUACAAAAAAGAGUGCUGACAUCCAUGGACGUAGCGUAGCAUAGCCACGAGUUACAGAUUUGGUCCUUUUCUAUUUGUGAAUUUGCAACUUUCAGUGUUUUUGUUUUCAGUGUUUUUUCUAUUUCUUAUUUUCAACAACAGAUGGUGCUAUGUAUUUAUCAUUCCUCUUACUGAUAGCAGUCAUUUACAACAGAGUUUCGUUAUUGUGUAGAGUUGAACAGCUUGCCAUCAAUUACAGUGAGAAUCCUACAAAAAGGUGCCUGACUGCUUCUUUAGGGAACACAGCCUGAUUUUGUUUCGCCAUCACCUACAGAAAGAUAGUCAAAAGUCAUUUGAAUGUCAGUAUUAUUAUGCCAGUUUGUGAAGAGUUGUGUCACAGCAAAAUUACGUCAUAUAAGCUUUAUCUUUUUAUCUAUUUGCCUUAGUUUUCCCUCAUUUGGAUGUUUGUGUUCACCUCCUGUCAUUGGCUGUUACAAUCUCAAGCCAAAUAGCCUCCUCCUAGCCAAAACCACCCCAAAAAAUAACAAUUAAAGCCUAUGAAGAAAGUAUCUUUUAACAUCACUACAAACAUAUACCACAGAGUUGAAGCCAUACAUGAAAAUUACCUAACAGGAAACCGUAGUUAUCAUUAACUCUGUAUGUAAGAAAAAAGGACAGAGAUGUUUGCAGUAGUGACACAAAUGUCUGUUUCACAUACUUGAAGUUUGACAUGCUGCAGUCUCUGCCCACUGAUGUCUAGAUGUUUUCUCUUCUACUGUAUAAAACACUGUUUAUAUGUUGUGCAUAACAGAUGGUGAUGAAAACGUAGCCUUAAAACAUUCACUUACUCAAUAAAACAACUCUCACAUUAUCUAAUAUUGUGUAUUCCACAGUUACAAGGGACUGGAUUCAUGCUAAAAGUGAUGCAUGGGGACAUGGUCAUGACCUCAUGCAGGAUAACAAGACAUCUUUGAGACUGUUGUGCUUUCUCUGUAAAAUCUGAAUCACAUUUACGGGCUAAAAGUGCCACAAGGAAAAAAAACUGACAGUAAAAUGACGGCAAAUUCUUCCCCAUGUGUGGUGUUGAAUCUGUUACCAUUGGUAGCUGGAAGUUGAUAGCUACAUGAUCAAAGAUGUCAGCAACUGAAAUGUAAAUUCCUGUGCACAAGCCAAGCAAGUCUAUUUUACAGUAUGCUAUCACACUCUGGCAGAUCAAAUAAUCUGCCCUGUGCAUGUAUUUGCAAAUGCUGUAUGUGACUUCUGCUACCACGCACUGGGGCAAAGGCACGGCGGUCUGCACCCGAUGCCAGUUAUCCAAAACACGCAGCUACUGUUUCAGUGUCAACAGUGCCUCCCAUGGCAUCAGAAAUAAGAGGACUUGGACGUGGCGGGUCUGUCCUCCACUUGACAUCUCUGGUGAGAUCCUGCAGCCUUUCAAAAAAAGAACUAUGACGUGGUGGGUUCGGGUAUUUAAUUCAGAGCUUACGCUAGCUAGUCUGAUGUGGUUUUUUAGCAUGAUGCUCAUCACAGGGUUCAGUUAGAAGAGGUCGACUCUAAUGAAAACUGCCCACAACAACUGUUUUGUGCAAAACAACAAAUGUCUAUGCCAUGUUUACACCUAAACUUCCAGAUGCUCUCAAUAUUACCAAAGCUACUUUGAGUUGAAUCAUUAAAGGAUGUUUCUUACCACCAUCA